GCCGCCUCUCCAGUCGACCAAUGACGUCGCGCAUCGCCCAAUGUUUUGAAGUUUUCAAAUCGUGUCAAGGCGUGAUGAGAGGCUUCUAGACUUUUAUCUUCUGCUUUUUGAAAAAUCUUCAAAAUGGAGGAGGAGGAGAAGUGGGAUGAAGGACCAACUGUGGAAGAUGUCCUGUCCUCAGUGCUCAAGAGUAAGAGCAAGUUUGGGAAAAUCAAAUUAUCCCUGCCACCACUUCCGCCACGGAGAACAACGUUUCAUGUCAAAGAGCCAAGCAGGGAUGACUUUCCACGGACAAAAACGGAAGAACUUCAGUCAUUGCUACAUGGGAAGAAGACAAAUUCUGAUGAAGGCAGUAGUGCUCAAGUGAAUAUAGGAGAACUAAAACCAAAAGAAAUCUCGGGAAGAGUCUCACCACAGAAUAGAGAAAGGUUAAAUCCCAAUAACUUUGGUAGACAUCAUUUAUCAAUGUCCUCUAGCAAAAUAUUGCGCUCUGUUUCUACCCCAGAAAUGAGGGACAAAAGUAGUUUCAAAGCUGCCGUUGGAGUGACAGCUGCAGAGACAGUGAAGCCUGCUGCAAGUAGACAAAUGAACUUUUCUGAAAUGCCCCAGAGUAAACAUGCCAAUAAAGAAAAUACGAACCCAAUCUUAAGUUGUCACACUUUGGAGGGAAAAUGCAGUAAUACUUUAGAAUCAGUGUUCAAGGAUAUGCAAAAUACAAAAUUCCAAAGUUUGCUUGCAGAUGAUUUUAAUCUGGGCGGAGCAAAAGCUGCAAAAGAGUAUUCUUUUGAAGUUAGUAACACAGGAGAGACAGUGAAGGCAUUGCUGGAAAGGGACAUUUUUUGUGACAGCAAACCCGUUGUCUCUCAGAAGGAUCCAUUGAAAAGCGAUCACUUUUUAAAAAGCAUUGAUACAAAAGUGGUUAAAAAUUCUGAUCAGUUGAAUCUCUCACAGAAGUCCUUAUUUCCUAAGUGCAGUCAAACACCAAAUCAAAAAACUGUUCCACAGACCACCGUGCCACUCUCUAGUUCACACUCGAAGGUUUCUCCGGAUUCUGCCUCUGGACGUGGGACACAGAGUUCAGCUCCAUCCCAAAAAGCUUUCUUGACGUCAAGUGUAACAGCAACACCUAGACCAGUAUCUACUACAAGAUUUAGUGAAUUAAGCCAGAAGUCAGAAGCUCAGCAAAACAAGGAAGUGCCAGUAGUUGCUCACAGGAAUGUAAGCAGUGAAGAGAUCAGCGCACGUGCAGGACUAGCCAAAGACAGUGCGGAUUUAGCGCAUGCAAAGCAUUCCUCAGCAGUGCCACAACAAAGUGUUGUUUCCCAGGUGCACCAUAAUGCAGCCCAGUCUGCACUGUCAUCUCAUUCCAGUACUGCAGAUGAAUACAGACAACCAAAAAUAUCAAAAGUUCCACAGACCAACCAGCCAGCGCCUCAAGGAACCACCACAAAGAAUAAAAGUCCCUCUGCCACAGGAGAGAUGAAGUUCAAGGAAACCCCAGUCAUCAACAGAACACAGUCUAGGCAGUUCCAAACACCAUCCGGCCAGAUGCUGAGAGCAAUGCCCCCAACUCCCCCGACCAAGCAAAAGCUUCAGCAGAUGGAUCACAUUGUCGUCAAUGAUCAGGAAUAUCUGAAACUCGGACUUGUUGGGAGAGGCGGAUCCAGUAAAGUGUAUGAGGUACUGGAUCUUGAAACACGUAAAGUGAAGGCAAUUAAACUUGUUGAGCUUGAGGGUGUAGAUGAAGCUACUCUUCACUCAUACAAGAAUGAAAUAGAUAUACUCAACAGACUGCAGUGGUCUGAUAAGGUUAUUCAGCUGUAUGACUAUGAACUUACUGAUAUUUACCUCAAAUUGGUAAUGGAAAAAGGAAACAGGGACCUGGCAUCUAUCUUGAAUAGCGCUCGAGGUAAAAAUGCCAAACCGAUCUCACCAUUUACAAUCCAGCAUUACUGGCAAGGCAUGCUGCUGGCUGUACAGGCAAUCCACCAAGAAGGUAUCAUUCACUCGGACCUUAAGCCUGCCAACUUUCUGCUUGUUAAUGAGACUGUUAAGCUGAUUGACUUUGGCAUUGCAUCCUCCAUUCAGCAAGACAUGACUAGUGUGAUCAAGGAUAGUCAGGCUGGAACCUUUAAUUAUAUGAGUCCAGAGUCUUUGAUGGAUGUGCAUUCGGGCCCAAUCAUCAAUGGUCGUUCUGGGGACCGUCCAACUAUUAAGAUUGGUGUGAAGUCUGAUGUUUCACAUCCAUGCAACCCCCUGCAAAAGCUGUCGGCAAUCUCUGAUCCUAAUACGAAAGUAAACUUCCCCGAAAUUGAGAAUAAAAUGUUGUUAGAGGUGUUGCAGCUGUGCUUGCAAUUUGAUCAGCGAAAACGUCCUAGCAUCUCAGAGUUGUUAGAACACCCGUAUCUAACAGCCAAACCAGGAGAGGGUGAAACCCCACAAAAGGAACCACAUCUCAAGUCCAUGCUACAGCAGCUGUCGCAGCUCACCCCCAAUAGCUUAAGUAAAAUAACUUCGAUGAUGCAACAGAUGCAGUCGUCAGAUUCCAAGCCAGAGUUCUAAAUAUAUAUACUGGAGGAGUUUCCCACCAAUAUUCUGUAAAUAUGCUAACACAAAUAUAUAACCUGGAAGUGAUGUAUGUAUAUAUAUAUUCAGAUAAUUUUUUUACAGAGUUUUAGGUCUUUUUAUUUACUAUUAUGGACUAGAGUAGAAAGUAAAGAGUUGCUUAUCAGCCAUAUUAUGAAUGUACUUUAGGUUGAAGGGAAAAACCAGCAGCAGCUUUGAAAUAUGAUAAUUUGCUUUAUUAAGAUAGUUUCAUUUUUGUGUACUGUCACUAGAAAUGACAUAGAGCAGGUCUUUGUGAAUUUUUAUGCUCUCUGAUAGCAAAAACAAACGGGAAUAUUCAGAUUCUUUGGAAGCCAGAUUAGAGUAUUCAUUUUAAGCUGUUUGUUAAUAAAAUGUAGGUAAUUAUAUAUAUCUUCCAUGUGAACAAAAUUAAAUAUUCUGUUAAAAGAAAAGGGAAUAUUUUCUUGAUACAAUAAAUGCAAUUUCACCUUCUGUAUAAAUGAUAUAACUUUA